CCGGCGCCGACCAUGUACCGCUCCCUUUACGCCUUCAGCUCCGCGGAGCCCAACUCGCUGCGCUUCGGCGCCGGGGAGACCUUCCUCAUCCUGGAGCGAAGCAAUGAGCAUUGGUGGCUGGCCAGCCGGGCCCGGAGCGGGGAAACCGGCUACAUCCCGCCCGCCUACCUCCAUCGCAUCCAGGUCCUGGAGCAGGAUGUGGUCCUCCAGUCCAUCGAUCGGGCCAUAGAGGCCAUCCACAAUGCUGCCAUGAAGAACGGGGGCAAGUAUAACCUGGAACAGCGGGACGUCCUACAGAAGCUGAUCCACCAUCGAAAGGAAACCUUGUCCCGCAAAGGCCAUGCAGCCACUAGUCAGGUGACAAUGACCCCAUCUUCCAGUGAUCAUCACCUGGAUGCCACCCGGCAGCCUAAUGGGGUGUGCCGUACUGGCUAUGAACGACACCACAGCCUGCCCACCUCGGAGUUCCUGGGAGAGGAUGACGGCCUCUAUCAGAUCCCACCCCAGCCUCGUCGAGCUGCCCCCAUAACACCUCCCCCACCUGAGAAGCGUAGGAACGCACAGAUGGUGGCCUCUGGAAAAAACGCUGUGGAAAUCCCCUCCGGAUCGGUGUCUAGCACCUCCUCCGUAAGCACGACGUCCCUGGACACUCUGUAUACGGGGUCCAGCAUGUCCGAGCCAGGCCCCACCACAGCCAGGUCCAGCCCUGCCAACACCCCUCCCCCUGUCCCCAGCCGCAGCGCCCACACCUCUAUCUCCCGAAGCCUAGAUCUGGGCCCUCCGACCCAGGGCAGUUCCUCCGGUGGGGAGGCCGCUAACCCUCGCCAGGCAAAGAGGGCCGCCCCAGGGAUCCCGCCGGGAGCAGAGCCCCAAAGCUCUGUGAUUUCAGAGGAGCAGGAGCCCAGGAGGACGGCUUCAGCUCCCCAUGCUGGCCUGGAAGCCUUCGACUCCCUCUGCCUCGACGAUGACAAAAAGGCCGGGGCAGAGGUGCCGGAGCCUGAAUCCCCUGGCCCGUCCGCGUCCGUCCCGAAGACGAUCGGGGCUGAGCUGAUGGAGCUGGUUCGCCGAAACACCAACCUUAGCUACGACCUGUCCCGGGUGGCCAUUGGUGUGGUCGUUGGCCAUAUCCAGAGUUCCAUUCCCGCCACCAACAGUAUCAUGGAGCAGAUUCUCAUCUCACUGGUGGAGAGUAAGGACCUAAGCUCAGGACUGCCCUCAGGGCAGAUCUGCCAUGAUGAACAGCGACUGGAGGUGAUCUUUGCAGACCUGGCCAGGCACAAGGACGAUGCCCAGCAGCGCAGCUGGGCCCUCUAUGAAGAUGAGAAUGUCAUCUGCUGCUAUUUGGAGGAGCUGCUCCACAUCUUGACGGACGCAGACCCAGAAGUUUGCAAGAAGAUGUGUAAGAAGAAUGAAUUUGAAUCAGUCCUGUCCCUGGUGGCCUACUAUCAGAUGGAGCACCGCGUAUCCUUGAGGCUGCUGCUCCUGAAGUGCUUUGGAGCCAUGUGCAACUUGGAUGCUGCUAUCAUUUCCACCCUGGUGAACUCAGUGCUACCCAUGGAACUGGCUCGGGACAUGCAGACGCACACCCAAGACCAUCAGAAGCUGUGCUACUCUGCCCUGGUGCUGGCCAUGAUCUUCUCCAUGGGGGAGCCGCUGCCCUAUCACCACUAUGAGCACCUCAACUCCCAAUUUGUCCAGUUCCUGCUGGAUGUGAUUGAGGAUGGGCUGCCCUCAGACACCACUGACCAGCUGCCUGACCUCUUUGUCAAUGUGCUUCUGGCCUUCAACCUGCACAUUCCAGUUCCAGAGCACAACGUGAUCAUGACGACGGUGAGCAAGCAUCCAAACGUCAAGAUCUUCACAGAAAAAGUGCUGCUGCUGCUCAACAGGGGAGAUGACCCCGUGUGCAUCUUCAAGCACCAACCUCAGCCGCCUCACUCGGUACUCAAGUUCCUGCAGGACAUCUUUGCCAGCAAGGACACCGCCGGCAUCUUCUAUCACACGGACAUGAUGGUGAUGAUUGACAUCAUGGUGCGGCAGAUUGCCGACCUGUCCCCUGGAGACAAGCUGCGGAUGGAGUACCUGUCCCUGAUGCAUGCCGUUAUCCGCUCCACCGCCUACCUGAAGCACCGGCACCGCCUGGCUGACCUGCAGGGGACCCUGCAGCGCAUCUUGGGCGAGCAGGAAGAGGGACCCCCGUGCCAAAUGGACAAAAUGAUCAUCCGAGAGAUCUACAAGGAAUUCCCGGAGAUCGCCCAGGCAGCAAGCUAAGCCGCCACGGGAACGGCAGAGAGAGGAAGGACUUCAUCUCACCCUUUGGAACCACCCUGUUUCCCAUUUACACUUGUCCCCCGACCUGCCCUGUCAGUCCAUUCCUCCCCUCACCCCCCGACACCAUUGUACCUGACUCUUCCCCGAGGUGGCAUCUUACACAGAGGUGGGGCUCAAGGUCCCAUUGGCUUGCAUCCGUGGUAGAGUAGCCUGAGGGGUGACCCCAGGCUUGGGAGGCUGGGAGGAAGCCAAGCAAGGGAAUGGCGUCAUUGGGGCCUCCCUGAGCCCCAACACCCCAGAAGGGAGCAGGUUACAAACUGAGGACUUGGGAAGCUGAAAGGCUCCUUGGGUUUCUGUAGGGAAUUUCUGAAUAUACAGCCUCAGAGAAGAGGGUCCCGUGCCCCUGUCCAUUUCCUCUCCCUGCUGUCGCCAAGUGGCAUCUGGCAGUGCUUGGAAAAAGCUUCUUGUACCAUCCGUGCUGUGUAUCCGACUGCUGGAGUCAGUGGGCUGCCAUUCUGAUGGUGAGAGGCGCGCCCAGGGGGCAGCUGCCAUCACCGGAGAGAUGUCCCCCCCACCCCCGACUUCAGCUCCAAGCCUUCUAUGCCCUUUGCUUCCUUUCAGGCUAGCUCCACCCCUAGAGUUUAGCAAGGCCAAACCCCACCCCUGCUUGGAGUGGUGAUGUUUCAGCCCCUCCUCCACGAUCCAGGAGGGUGGUGGAGCAGUCCUCAGGAGGAGCCAGCUGGAGAGAGAGAGACUGACAGACCGACAGACACACAGAGAGAGAAAAUGAACAAAUGGGAAUGCAAACGCCAGAAUGAGGUCCUCUCCUGGUGCCUCCUAGAUUGGUUUCUGGAGAAUUCCCCCGGGUGGUGGGGGUCCAGUGGGAGAGGGGAUGCUUCUGGGGACGUUUGCUAGGGGGAGGAGGCUCUUUUUGUUAAUCUGCUGGUUUUCUUGCCUUAGCUUUGCCAUGAACUACACCCAUGUAUGGAGAAGCUGCUUUGAUGUUGCCUCUAGGUAGCUAGAAGUCUGGCGUGUCCCCAGGCUCAACCCCUAGGUCUGCUGUGACCAACUCGCUACACCAGUUAAGUCUUGCAGUAUUUAUCUCCCUGGUCGAACUCGGUGUCCUAGCAGAACGUGCUGUGUGACUGAGGAGGGGCGGUCAGGAGCAACCGUGGCCACGGCGAGGCUACUGUGCAAGGGCGGGUGGUGGCCGUGGCAAGGAGUGGGCAUCUCUCUCCCUGCUGGGGCCCACGGGAAGUGGCAACUCCCUCUCGUAGAGGAGGGCGGGGUGGGGAGAAGGCAGCCACGAGUCUGCUCCCAGCGGCCGCAGAUGACCUGAAACCAAUUUCUAUUUUCUCUGUAAAAAUGUACGAAUGUUAAAAGGGACAUGUAUUUUCUUAAACCCUAACCCUAGAUGUAACUGGAAUAAAGCAUCCUGAAAAACCAA